AAGAGAGAGAGAGAGAGAGAGAGAGAGGUGCGUCCAGGCAGACCGACUGAAGAGCGUGUGUGUGCAAACUGGGAUGAGUAAAUGCACUGGGCGGCUUAGCUGUUGAUACAGCCAGAGAGAAAGAGAGGAGAGAGAGAGUGUGUGUGUGCACGAAAGCGAGCGAGCGAGCGAGCGAGCGAGAGAGAGAGAAAGAGAGAGUGAGCGAGAGAGAGAAAGGGUGAGAUAGAAGAAGUGUAAGGGAGGAAAAAAGGGAAGUAAGAAGCAGAGAAGAAAAAGGGAGGAUACAACAACUACAACUAUGCUGUGCUGCAUAAGAAGAACCAAACCGGUGGAGAAGAAUGAGGAGGCGGACCAGAAGAUUGAACAGGAUGGCACCACCAACAAACCCGAGGACAAGGCCCACAAGGCUGCAACCAAAAUACAGGCCAGCUUCCGUGGACACAUAACUCGGAAAAAGAUGAAAGAUGGAGAGGAAGAAAAGGAGGGAGACAGUCCUGCUGCUGCAGAGGAGGCGACAGAGGGAGGAGAGGAGGCAAAGAAAGCGGAGGGAGAGGAAGCACCUGCAAAGGAGGAAGAAGCUGCAGGAGAGGAGGCCAAGAAGGAGGAGGAGACAAGCCAAGCCAAAAGCCCAGUGGCAGACAAGCCAGCUAACUCUCCUGCAGCUGCUGCUGCCUCUCCUGCAGGCGCGGCGACGUCUCCGGUAGCGGCAGCACCAGCUGCUGCUUCUCCUACUGCUGCCACAGUGCCCUCUGAGCCCCAGAAAGAGGAGCCAAAGGGAGAGGAGAAAGCUGAGGAGAAGCCCAAAGAGGUGGAGGCCCCAGCGGCGGCAGCCAAGAGUCCCACCACAGCCACAGCUGAGGAGAAAAAGGAGGAGGAGGAGAGUGAAGAGAAAAAGGAGGCCAGACAAGCCGAUGUGCCUGCUGCUGUCAGCCCGACAGCUGAGAAGGAGGAGCCUAACCAAACAAAAGAUAAAGAUGCUGCAGAGGAGUCUAAAGCAGAGGAGGCCACCCCAGCAGAUGCAGCGGUGGAGGCCACCGAGUCCAAGGAUGACUAAAGCAAAGUCUAACCUAAAGAAAGCAGAAUUAAGAGUAUGAAGAAUAACACAAAAACAAAAAUCUCUUUGCCUUCCCAAUGUGAAGGCAGUCCGUUUCUAUUUGUUUGUCAUUUUUUGUGUGGCAAUGAUUUUCUCAUGUUGGGGGAGUUUCCAGCGUGAAGUUUUUUGGCUCAAGCUAAUACUAUGAGGAAGUGAUGAUGAUAAUGACGAUGAUGAUGAUGAUGAUGAUGUUCAGUAUGAAAAAUGAUUGUUACCUUGAUGAUGAUGAUGAUGAUGAUGAUGAUGAUGAUGAGGAGAAGGAGUAUUUGAUUUGGUACAUCUUCACUAUCUAUUGUAAGCGAAUCAGUGGUGGUGUGACCGCUCCCAACUGGAUAUUUCCACAUUUAAAAGGCAUUGUGAAUGCAGCAUACUUUAUUUGCAUUGCAAUGCACUUUCUUUAAACACAUUUUACAAAUAAAAUCCGUACUUCUGCAAACGCACGCACAAACACAAGCCGGUUUUAAAAAUGCAACUCUCGUUUUCAACACGGUACAAGCGUAUUGAGAACACAGCAAAAAUAGGUAACGUACUGACACAUCGGAUAGAGAAUAGAAUGUAUAAUUAAAUGUGUGAUAUUUCCAGUUGGGCAGCUUUAUCCUGAACCCAAAAACCACAUAUAGGACAAGACUAUUACUCUCUCUCUCUCUCUAUUCUGCUUGAGUCAUUCAAGCUUGGUUUACACCCCUUUUACAAACUCUCUGUUUACUCACAUAUACAGUAAUGGACCUGUUGCUAUUUCAAUGACAUGAUCAUAUAAUAAAACUAUAGAACUCAGCUAUAGUAUUGAUGUAACUGGCUCUUACAUGACGAUUUGUGUUCUGACAACCAAACGUGAGAACAGUAGCAUGAACCAUCGAACCAGAUGCAUGAUGGGAACUCUCCCUCUGAGAGGAACUUUUUCGCAGUCACAAAAACUUAAGAGGUGUGGCGGCUUCUUUUUGAUGUCUUUGGUGUUGUUAUGACAGUUUAUAUGAAUUGGAAAAAUACUCUUGCACUGAUGUUACAAAAAAAAAGUGAAAAAGAAAAAUCAAACAAAUGAGCAAACAAAAAAUACUUUUCCCAUGUUCCAGUGAGUGCAAUGUCCAGUUUCAACCUUAUCAAGGAGUUCAAACUUGUGAGAAAAAAAAUAUGAAAAAACUAAAAAUGGUUUCAAUGUCUGUUUUCAAAAUAAAGCAAAUGUGCCAAUUACCAUCAUAAA